GCCGGGUGGGUGAGCGCGGCGGGGAGCAGUGGCGGCUGUGCCGUCCCGCCGUGGUGCUGGUUCUCCGCCCGGUGAGAGUUUUGCAGCGCGACUGCGCGGCCGGUGGAUGAGGCUCCGCGCCCGUGGCAGUGCCGUUGUGUCUCUCCAGUAGCUCCUUGGUUACAGGAUGGAAUUGACUUUGGAUAAUGAGAAAUUUUGCAGACCAUCCUAUAUUGCUGGUGUUGAGCUGCCUGAAAGAACAGGACCAGUAAGUGUGGAAGAUAUUAAAGCGGAUCUCUCUGCUGAACUUUCUUUAGCUUCUUCAAACUCAGACACAAGCCAGAGAAGCAGUUUGGAGUCUAAGGGGCACAUACAAGUUUGCCUGCGUAUUAGGCCGUUUACAUCACUGGAAAAAGAAAGCGAAUUGCAGGAAUGCAUUUUAAUUGAAGACUCGACGAGCAUCAUACUGAAGCCCCCUAAAAACUCUUUGAGUCGACUAAGUGAAAAAAAUGCUGGACAGAUGAUGCAGAAGUUCACUUUUUCACAAGUGUUUGGACCUGAAACAAGUCAAGAAGAAUUCUUUGAAGGUACCGUAAAACAACCAGUGCAAGACUUCUUAGAUGGAUACAAUCGUCUUAUUUUUACGUAUGGCGUUACAAAUGCUGGGAAGACCUACACAUUCCAAGGGACAGAAGAUGACGUUGGUGUUCUGCCAAGGACUAUGGAUAUGUUGUUUAAAAGUAUUGAAGGGAAGCUGUACACAGCAAUGGAUCUCAAACCUCAUCGGUCCAGAGAUUAUAUAAAGCUGACUAAAGACCAAGCAAGGGAAGAAGCUGCUAUUAAGAAUUCCAUACUUCGCCUAACAAAAGAGGUAGACCAUCAGAAUGACACUAACAACAAAGAACCCAUUGAUUCUAAGGAUUUGGAAGAACUCUUGGAAGACUCCGAAUGCUCUAGCACAGCUGUGAAAAGCUGCACAAAGUUUUCUGUUUGGAUUUCAUUUUUCGAGAUUUACAAUGAAUGUUUUUAUGAUCUACUGAUUCCUAUGUCAAAUGACAAGAAAAGAAAAACACUGCGCCUUGCUCAAGAUGUCAAGGGAUUUUCUUAUGUAAAAGAUCUGCAGUGGAUUCAGAUUUCCAAUUCUAAAGAAGCAUCUAGACUUCUAAAAUUGGGAUUGAAACAUCAGAGUAUUGCAAGCACAAAACUAAAUACUUGCUCCAGCAGAAGCCACAGUGUCUUCACAGUGAGGAUACUCAAAAUUGAAGAUUCAGGAGCACCACAAGUGACACAAGUCAAUGAAUUGUCAAUGUGUGAUCUUGCUGGUUCUGAAAGAUAUACUAAGACCCGCAAUGAAGGUGAUAGAUUGAAAGAGAGUGGAAAUAUAAACACCUCUCUCCUGAUUCUAGGCAAGUGUAUGAACGCACUUAAAAACUGUCAUCACUCAAAGCUGCAUCAGCACAUACCCUUUCGUGAAAGUAAGUUAACUCACUUCCUUCAAGGAUACUUCAUUGGAAAGGGAAAGGUAUACAUGAUAGUAAACAUAAGCCAAUGUGCUUCGGUGUAUGAUGAAACACUCAACGUGCUAAAGUUCUCGGCUAUUGCACAAAAAGUUUUACUUAGGGACACGUCUGUCCUUCCCCGAGUUCAGUCACAUGGCCAGAAAUCAGCUACAGAAUCAUCAUUACUUUGUGACACUAGAAUGCUGGCUUCAAGGGAAAGAGCUACUAUCCUAUGGGACAGAAGCUUAGAAGAUGUGAUUGAAGUUGCUGAUGAUGAGAUGGAGGAACAGCAUAACUCAUCAGGAGAAGAAGCAGUGCAGAAAUGUGAAGAAGUUCUUAUUGGAAAAGAAGAAUAUAUGAGGCUGCUGGGUCUUGUAGAAGAGUUGAAGAACAACCUUAUUGCUGAAAAGAAGAAUAAGUUUCUGCUGGAACUGAAAAUUCGUGAAGAAGUGACACAAGAGUUUACCCAGUAUUUUGCUGAGCAGGACAUGUUCUUCAAAGAGUGCCUUUCUCACCAACAAGAACGGCUUGAAGAAAAUUCUGACAGGCGCCUGGAAAUCUUCAAGGAACUUGUAAAUGGUUACGCUGACAACAUAGAUGAAGAAAAUAAUGUGAAGGAUCAGCCUUGCAGUGAACAAGCUGGACCUCUGGCUGAAGAAUAUAACAUCGUGCCAGGCACCCACGUUGGUUUUCAGGGCUUUAUUGAGUCUCUGCAGACUGAUAUCAUUGGUAUCAAAAAGCAGGCAGAAGCAACACAGGCAUAUGUUGUGUCGCUAGAGGGCCAACGAGAAGCGAUAGGUAUGCUUGAAAAACAACUGAGAGAGGUGACCACUGAACUAAGUAAGACCAAAGAAGAGCUGACACAGAAAACCAAAGACUUUGAAAUGCAGGUGAUUAAAUUGGAUCAAUCUGCUGAGCAGCUUAAAGAAGCAACUGAGAAAAUGAACAUGCAGAAUGAAAGAAUUCAAGAACUAAUGGAGAUUGCAGAGCAAAAAGAUGAUGUUAUUACUAUGCUACAGGAUUUGAUAUCCCGUUUUGAAGAAACCAUAAAAGACUAUGAGGACACUGUGACUACCCUUACAAGAGAACUGGCAGAAAAGAGGUCUCACCAAGUGACUAAAACCCAGCCCAGGGAUUGUGGGGACUCUGCAUUGAUAGUGGGAAGAAAACGCUGCUUUGAAAACAAGCCCAGUGUUGAAGAAGAGCCACCUACAAAGAAAGGAGUGAUGGGGAGUUUUGAUGACUCUUUAGAGCAAGAGAAAACUGAACCUGUGAAAACAAAUACUUCUGAGAAUUAUACAAAAAUACCAGCACUGAGGGAAAGAACAGAAACCUUGGAAGGUCAGCUAGCUGCACCUGAAGAACAAUACAGAAGAGAGAACAACAAAAAAGAACAACUCCAUGGGCAGAUAAGAGACUUGCGUCUCAAGCUCUCUGCUUCUGAAGAAAAGGCUUUUAGCUUAGGUGAGGAACUUCAGCAGUGUCGAGCUGACUAUCAGGAAGUUGUUUCUGAAUUGAACAAACAGAAAACUACAAAUAUGGAACAAGAAGAAAAGAUUAUUCAGCUAAGUAAUGAAGUAGAAAUUGCCAAACAAAACAUAAUUGAUAAAGUGUCACAAAUUAAAACAAUGCAAUCUAAAGUAAAUAAGUUGUAUAAAUGUCACUUAGAGUCUUAUGCCAUGGAUAUUGAUUUAAUUAAUAUAAAGGACUCCUUAGACUCCCAAAAAGAUGAACCAGAGAGAGCUGAAAUGAGUUCUGUAUGCGUGCAACCCCAAACUGCUCCUACAGCAGAUCUGAGGCGUGAGAGCUCCUUUCACUGUGUUGUUGAAAACAUUUGGGAAGAAUGCAAAAAUAUGAUUAAGGCUUCUUCACAAAAAAGUCACCGGAUUCAAGAACUCCUUCAAGAAGUUGAAGACCUAAAGAGGAGACUUAAUGAUACUGAGAAUUAUAAUGAUCAACUAAAAGUAACAUUAAAUGAGGUUGCAAAUCAAGAUCGUCAGUCCAUAAAGGAAGAGGAUCUUAUGAAUCAGUUACAAGCACAAAUCCAGAAGAAAACUCAGGAUUUUGAAAAACAGGCUGCAGAAGAUCACAGAGUAAUUUCACAGCUUGAGGUGGAAGUUGCCAGCUACAAAGAAAAAACAAGAGAGCUUGAAUGCCUCUUACAGACUUUUAGAGCUAAAGAUGAUAACAUAACAAAGUUAGAAGCAGCACUUAAAGAAAAAGAAUCUAUUAUUUUAAAUCUAGAAAGCAAUGUGGUAUCUUUGCAAGAGAAAUGUGUCAACUCAGACAAAAAGCUGAAAGAAUUAAAUGAUCAAGAAGCAAUUCUGAAGGCGGAAGUCAUGCAGCUAAUGAACAGUUUAGAACACAUGAAAGAUGCUCUUCAGGAAAAAGAGAAAAAGGAGGAUAAGCAAAUACAAACUAUAGAAUUGUUACGUAAAGAUAUUUCGGAGAGCUCAAACCUCAUACAGAGUUUGAAAAAAGAUUUGGAGAGGAAAGAGGAGGAAUAUACAGAUUUGAAAGAGAAAUAUUCUGAUGCCAAGAAACAAAUUCAACAAGUACAAAAAGAGGUGUGUACCAUGCAAUCUGAGGAGAAGUCCCUAAGGAAAGAAGUUAGUGAGCUUCAGAGAAUGAAAAGCCAGUUUGGUGAGGAAUUGGAAAUCAAACAGCGCACAAUCCUGCAACUUAAAAAGGAGCAGUUGAAUAUUGAAAAGCUGGAAGAGAUUUCCAAAGAAUACGAGAAAACACAUAAAGAUUUGUGUGCAAAGGAAAAAAUCAUUGAAGAUAUGCGGAUGACAUUGGAAGAACAAGAACGGACUCAGAUUGAACAAGAUCAAGCGCUUGAAGCCAAAUUAGAAGAGAACAACAGAUUAGUUUUGGAACUGGAAGCAUGGAAGCAAAAAUAUACAGAGCUGAAUAACCAGAGCGAUGGUGACUGGCAGAAAAAGAUGAGCAAAAAUGAGGAGAGAAACCUGAAUGAAAAGGAGGAACUCAUAAAGCUGCAAAAAGAACUGAAGGAGAAUGAGGCAAAGUACCAAACUGAUAGAAAGAAGUGGCUGGAAGAAAAAAUGGGUUUCAUAAGUCAAAUAAAAGAAGCUAACAACCUUCACAGCAGAGAAAUGAAAAAAUUUGCAGAGGACAAAGAACGUUUUGUAGAGCAACAAGCAGAAAUUGAAAGACUUGCUGCACAGCUGGUAGAAAAGGACAACAAUCUUCAGAAGUGGCGUGAAGAAAGAGAUAAAUUAGUAGAAGCUCUGGAAGUACAGCUCAAGACUUUGGCUUCUAAUGCCAUGCAAAAAGAUAAAGAACUAGCAGAACUGAAAGAGGCUGCAUUAAAGGAUUCAGGAAAGGAUAAGGAAACUGAGACAGAAAAGCUAAGAAAACAGCUGGCUGAGAAAAAUGACUUAAUAAAGGAAUUGGAACAACACAUUAACUGUGAGAGUCAUAAGUCUUUGGCAGAAGUACCUUUACGUGAAGAAGGACAUGAUAAAAUAGAUCUGUCUGUAAACAAAGAGGACCAUUCAGAAAUUGUCCUUGACUCUUCUGAAGUGUCCACAGAAAAUGGAAGAACUAGUCGUUUCCCAAAACCAGAGAUGGAAAUCCAGUUUACACCUCUGCAACCCAAUAAGAUAGAGGUGAAGCACCAGGGCAGCAGCUUACCAGUUACAGUUAAAAUGCUCAGGUCAAGAAAUAAAAGGAAGAUUGAAGAGAUGGAUGAGGAUUUUGUGAAAAGUGAGAACAAGAAAAACGCAAAACCUGCUAUGCCUAACUCACCUUCUACAAGCAACAAGAAAAUGGUGUCUACUACAGAAUCAUUUAGAAAAGAACGCCCCAUAAGAAAGCAAGAAUCUACUUCAAGUAAGAAGUUGGCUAAAAAGAAAGAUGGAGCACUACAAAAAAUUGGAGAUUUUUUUCAAAGUUCUCCUGCUAUUAUGCAUUCUAAAGCAAAGAAGUUGAUUGCGACACUAAGCUCUCCCACGACUGUGGAACCUGAAAACUUCGAAGAAAAUGAGCUCAAGCCAAAACGAGCUAAGAGAAAGCUGUAUACAACCAACAUUUCUUCCCCUCUGGAUAUCCCUGCUGCUUCAAUCUUAAUAGAGCAAAAAGAGAAGGAAAGUGAUCAUCUAAUUAUCAAGAGACGGCUACGAGCAAGACCAGCCAAAUAAUCUUGCAAAAGCAUGUUUGUUUCCUAGGUAGAGCUUAUUUCUAUUGUAAUGUUUCAAAUUGUUUAUAGGAAAUAAAAGAGAGUCAUGUUCUGAAGCCUGUGUAUUGUUGUAUAGAAUUGUUUGAUGGCUUUCAGUUCUGACUCGAUUAAAUACUGUUCAGACUCUGUGUGAAUCUAGUUUCUUUUUGAGGAAUGAUAUCUUUGGAAGUGGCCAUAAUUUAUCCACUGUGCAGUAAGAACGAUGCCUGUGU